AUGUCGCGCGCGAACGGCGCCUUCGUGGGCUACCGCGCCGCGUUCGCGCUCGGAAAGACGGGACGGGGACGAUCGGUGAAGUAUUACCUGGUCGACGCGAAGGGGGAGGAGACGCUCGCGGCGUACGCGGACGAGAGCACGCCGGGGGACUCGCACUACACGUAUAAGAAUCACGAGCAGUUUACGUCGUACGGGACGCUGACGUGUCAUAAUCGGAAGGCGCUGCACGCGUGGUUGGAUGAAAUCGUGCGCGCGUCGAGCGGGGUGGUGACGCACGGACCGAUGAGCGCGACGGGCGAUACGAAGGUGAAGGCGACGAGUAAGAAUAAGAAGAAGAGUGGACAGGGAUCGAUGCGACACAACGGGUUGGUGAUGUCCUUGGAGGCGGCGACGUCGGGGGCGGCGGCGGCGGUGACGGUGACGACGACCAAGCCGGACGGGACGCCGCUCUUCGUGAGUUACUCGCAAGAGAAAUUUACGUUUCCGGAUGGUCGCCGAGGGAUUCGUUUUUAUGUGCACGACGAGUCGGGGUCGCCGACGCUGGCGGUUCUCGGGGAGGAGCGCGAGACGCGCGACGGGCACUAUCAGUACAGGCGCGUGGACACGUUUAACGCCGGCGUGCCACUGCGGUGCGGCAAUCUGAGUGGCGUGCAUAAGUGGUUAAAGGAUCACAUAGCGGGCGGGCAGCUUGUCGGGGCGAGUUUCCCGUACGCGGGGGCGUCGGGAGGGUACGAUAAGGACGGAUCGAGCGCGGCGUCGUUGGCGAAGAGGAAGCGGGGCGAUAUCGCAGACGGCGUCAGUUUGAUUGACCCAGCCGUCGCGUUGCAAACGAAAAUCGAAGAGCGCGAGGCCCAGUGGGCACUCGCACGAAGAGCAGCGCUAGCGUACGUACGAGAACCAACGCACCCGGAUCACGUCGCCGAGUUAGAAGAGAUCAUUCCCGUGCUCAACUCUGUCAAGGGAGAGAACACGGCGAACGUUUCGGAUUUGCUUGGCGCCAUCAAAGCGUUCCGAACGCUCAACUCUGUGUACGUAUCGCUUCACACGUUGAACGACACGGAGAUUAAGGACAUUGUCGUCGCACUUCAAAAGCACCCGAAUGAAACCAUCUCGCAGUUGGCGAAGAAACACGUUGCACAAUGGAUCGGAGCGCUUUACAGCCACGUCGGGACCCUGGCGAGCGUGUAUCAGCGCCCAGUCAUCCAGGCUCCGAGACACAAAGCUGGCUAUGGAGCGCCGAAGGAGGGAGAAACUAACGGUGCGAAACAUGACGAGAAGACAGCUCCUAGCUUGCGACAGCGUGCUGUCACACCUACGCCCACUGUUUCAGGCGUGAAACGCAGCGCGGAAGAGGCGUUGCCGAGCACGGCGAAACAAACACCUCCCAAGACGAAGAGUGCCGGGUUGCCAGGUUGCACGCCGCUUGGGAAGGGCCACAAAAUCUGCCCCCAGUGUAGCGGCACGUGCGGCUCACCGACGCGAGUGUGUCCUCACUGCGGCGCGCAGUUGCCUUACAAGUCUCCCGCGAGAGCGAAGUCAGAGGAGGCACAGACACCCGGAAAGAAGUAG